AUGGAUCAGCUACAUAUUCCCUUCAGCUUCCUCGACGUCUAUGACGCACCUCCUUCACCUUCACAAACCACACAGCACGCUCCCUCCUACCCUGCGCAACAACCUGAUCCACUCCAAGACACGUCCUAUCUACCCUCAAACCAAAAACUCUCCCCGAACAGUUCCUUGAUAACCCUACAAGACCUCCUUGAGGAGACUGAUACCGCAGACGAUUCCGAGGAUAUUUCCGAGGAGGAUCUUGGCCAAAUUGCUCCCAAGGUUGUCUCUCAGGGCUUGGUUAGGUCUGAUCAGUACUAUAACGCAUUCCAAGAUCCAGCACCACCCACCAUUCAGGCUAACCGUAGCGUCGGUAGCCGGUUUAGUCACGGGAGCAUGGGCUUUGCGUCUGACCAGACCACACUGCCCAUCGUUAGUUGCGCAUCCCAAGCUGCGCCCCCGAUUGCAUGUCCCUGGGCUCCUGGAACCCAAUCUUCCUUCAUUGGUGGGAAUCCGUUAUAUCGGUCACCACCUAUUCCAUUCGGGCUUCAUCGAGAGGACUAUCAGGGGAAUGCAUCUACAGCUCUGUUAGGUGACUCUAGCUUUCCUAGUCAACCCCAGAACUCUUUUCCCUUGGAUACGCCAUUCCAGCGUCGAAUGAAUGACGGCUCUAAUUCCUUCGGAUCCGACGUGUAUCAGCAAUUCCGAGCUACGCCCCCUCCGGGGGAUUUUGAUGAGGACUUCGAUGUGGUUGACAAGGGGGGUAAUUAUGACCACAUGGCGGGCCUUUCUACUCAGAUCUCGUCACCCAAGUCUCGGUUCCGGAGCGGUAACAAAUCCGACAACGAUAACGACAACCCGACUCUUUCUUUUCUUGCCACACCACCCCAGCUUCCGGGCCCUGACCUUGGUUAUCAUGGCUAUAACGCUAUGUUAAUCCAUAGUCCGUUCAGGGUCAGCGAUAAGUCUUUCACCAAGAGGUUGGAAGUCAUUAACCUCGAUGCUCCCUCUUCUAGUUCUAAGGGUAACAGGGGUCGCUGCAAAGGCGACAACGACGACAACGACAACGGCACCGACCUCUUUUCGCCACCCACCAAGAAGCGCGCAGCUGACGUCAACACGGAAUUCAUAAGCCAGAUUACACCGAACUACCAGUUCGACCACGGAACCUUGUACCCUGUGGUCCCUCCAACAACAUCCUCCGCCCCGUACACCGCCAUCGAGAAGGCCUGGCUGAAGCGCGAAUAUGGCUCUGAGGCGAUAUUCCUCGGACGCCACGGCAUGACCAUGAGCCCUGACGACCGGCGCGCGGGAUACAAAAUCAUGCGCAAGAAGACGGAGCAGAAAGCCUUCGAGGAAAUCGUGGACGUAGAUAUCAUGCGGGAGGAAGAGCUUGAGGUGCAGCAGUGCCAGGCGUGGAUGGCCAAGAAUUUGAGUCAGGGUCAGUGGGGAUGGGUUGAGAUGGAGUGCAAGGGGAUCACAGAGUUGAUGAGGAUGUUUGGGCUGAGGUAUUAUUAUCAGGAAGAUUGGCCGAAGGCAAAAGAUAUUGUGGAGAAGUUGAUGAGUGGUGAGUAUGAAGUGGACGAUGGAGAGUAG